AUUCAUUUUUCUCGUCGUUGGAUAGAUAUAGAGUUACCUCGAAAUUUUGACUUUUUUAAUUUUUACAAAAUUGUCGUUACGAUUCUUCCCGUUCGAAUUUUUUUAUUGGUAAAAAAUGACCCGCCUUUGCGUGUUUUCGAACGAAAAAGAUGCUGAGCCAAGCUUUACGUAAUGGAACCUCUUUUUUCCCAUCGUUCAAAACGAAGACACUCGGCCACAAAACACGCAGGUGGCGAGUCCCGGUCGCUUCUUUCCUCAGGAUAUUCGCCUGGCUUUUCUUCUCGUGCCAUUGGUUCACGCGGGUUCCAUCCGUCUGUUACGUUGCCAGCCUGUUCCUCGUCGCCGCAGAACGAUUCAGGAAGAAGCUCGCGAUAUCGAAUUUCUCGUGUAUCGCGAGUUGAUGCUAUCGCAACCAACGGAUCCCGCAGAAUGGACGAGCAGAGGAAAGAUGAUAGGGUAUCCACGUUGCAAUGGGCGGAUUAUCUUGUCAUCGGUGUAAUGCUGUCAAUUUCAGCGGGGAUCGGGAUCUACUACCGAUUCACGGGCGGCAGACAACGCACGGCCGAGGAAUACUUCUCGGCGAAUCGAUCGAUGGGCGUUAUUCCUCUAGCGAUCGCGCUGGCGGUGUCUUUCAUGUCGGCGAUCACGUUGCUCGGAAUCAGCGCGGAAAAUUACGUCCACGGUACGCAAGUCACGCUGCUGUACUUGGGCGGAUUCGUCGGUACACCGAUCGCCCUCUACCUCUACCUUCCGGUUUUCUACAAGCUCAAGGCAACGAGCGUCUAUGAGUAUUUAGAAAAACGUUUCGGGAUGAAGGCUCGUCUAGUGGCUAGCGGAGCUAAUUUCCUUCAACUGAUGAUGUACACCGGCGUUGUGUUAUUCGCGCCCUCGUUAGCCCUCGAAGCAACGACCGGUCUGUCAGGGACCACGAGCGUGUUGCUGAUCGGGGUGAUUUGUACCUUUUACUCGACCGUAGGUGGCAUCAAGGCUGUCCUGAUCACCGACGUCUUUCAGGGACUGUUGAUGUUCGCCGGAGUCGCUUGUGUCCUAGGGAUCGCGGCUACCGAUCUCGACGAAGGCUUGUCCGAUGUGUGGAGCAUCGCCGAACAGGGCGGACGAUUGAAUUUUUUCGAUUUCAGAUUUGAUCCAACGAUACGGCACACUUGGUGGUCCCUUCUGAUCGGUAGCACCACCAUCUUUCUCUCCUUGUACGCUGUGAAUCAGGUUCAGGUGCAACGUUUGCUCACCGCCAGGAGCUUCAAGGAUUCGCAGAACGCGUUAUUGCUGAGUGGUCCCAUCACCUUAUCACUGGGACUGUUGACGUCCUACUCGGGCUUGGUCCUGUACAUGAUCUACAAGGACUGCGAUCCUGUCACAUCCGGCAAGAUCUCAAGCUUCGACAAAAUAAUGCCCUUCUUCGCUGCCGAACGGAUGUCACGGGUUCCUGGUAUCACUGGACUCUUCAUUUCCGGUAUCUUCAGCGCCAGCCUCAGUACCAUUUCCGCCACGUUGAAUGCUUUGGCCGCGAUGGCGUUGGAGGACUACGUGAAACCUUUAUGCCAGGCGACCGGUGUGCAAUUUCCAAACGAGAAAGCUACUCUGAUCGGUAAAUUAUUAGGUAUAUUCAACGGCUUGGUUUGCAUGGCUGUCGCGUUCAUGGCUAAAUCCAUGGGCACCCUGGUCGAGGCAGCAAUAGGGAUCUCCGGGGCCAUUAACGGACCUAUUCUCGGAAUUUUUACGCUGGGAAUGUUCGUCGAAAGCGCGAACGAGACCGGCGCUGUUGUCGGAACGAUCUCUGCUCUGAUCACCUGCCUCUGGGCAGCGUUUGGCAAACCGAAACCGGUGGCAGCCAUUCUUCCGUUGUCCGUCGACGGCUGUGAGAACUCCACAGCGUUGCUUCGUUAUCGAAACGCCACGCAACUUAACGGUAGCACCGAGGCACCACCAGAAGAUCCUUCUUACUUCUACUUGUAUCGUAUUUCCUACAUGUGGUACAGUCCCAUGGGAUUAACCAUCACGCUGCUCGUGGGCUACCUAACCAGCUUGCUCGCGAAGAGGAUAUGUCAGAAGGACACUCGUGAACCGGAUCCCAAUUUGUUCACGCCUCUCCUGGCGUCCAGGAUUAAACGGCGAAGAGAGGACGCUGAGAAAACUAGAAGCAGUCAGGUGUUCGUGUUGGAGAACAGAAGGUGAAACGAAGAUGGAUUAAGUCGACCAUGGUAUCGACACGAAUGGAAAGAGGUGAAAGAGAUUAGAGUGGAGCGUUUUCAAGUUGAUCGAACAAUCAUAAAUUGUAAUUUUGCUUCCUAUUUUGCAAUUAUUUGGUAAAAAUUUCAGGGAUAUUAAAAUGAUGUAGAAUUCUCUAAAAACUUCGACAGAGCUCGCUGGUGAACGUAAAUAAAUUCGUGUUUAAGCGAAAUUGAAAUGUGGUCCCACAAAAUUUAUGCAACAGUAGGGUGCUCGUUAUAAGAGGAUUUACAACAACGAAUCGCUGCAACUUCGUGGUUUACCAGAUAUGUACCUGGAAACAUAAGCACCAACUUUCACGAACAAGUUUGACCAGGUUUGGGAACCUCUGCUUAAUAACACGUGUUCAACCCGUUCGUGUUGGAAAUAGUAAUCUCUCUAUAAAGAAAAUAAUCCAAUAUAAUUCUUCUAAUAAGGCUCAUUAAUAAAGUAAACACAGGUCGAUCAAGUGUCGCGGUUAUAUGGCCGUAAUUAUUAAUCGUCCCGACGAUUUCAUUAGCCGUAACUCAUCCCCCCGCGACAGCCAGAUGGUAAUUUAAUAAAAUCUUGCAACCAGUUUAACACGCGUCGUUCGAUCGCGUGCUAAAUUUACCCACUCGACUCGCUCGUUUCUACGUUCAUUUGCAACUCAACGAGCGACGAUUGGCGGAAAAGGAUGCGAGCCAUCCGCGAAUGAAGCUGUCCGACCAUGUGGGUCAAACCGGUGCGUGGACGAUACCGUCCUUUCGUUGUGAAACACGUCGAAAAAUUACCGUGACUUAUCUCGUGAUAGCCCGCGACCAAUUUGCCACGACACGGUGCGAACGAUCUCGUAAUUCCUUUAAUUAAACCUCAUUCCACGGUCCCGUUAUCAGGCCUGCUUCUCAAUGAGCGUUAAAAGACAGAGUUACAGGGUAAGUGGUACUAGUUGGAAUGAAUAACGCUUAUUAGAAGGAAUAUCAUUCAACUGAC